CGGCGGGGAAGGCGCCGUUAGCCCGGCGGUGGGCGGGACCGGCGGCAGCGCGUGGCCCCGUGCGCGACCCGUAGCGGCCGCGCGUCAUCGGCGGAUCCUGUCAGCGCGGCGAAAACAUGCUGAGGAGCCUCAAAGGACUGCUCUGCCGUCCCCUGAAGCUGGACCGUGGGUUUGCCCUCCACACGGCAGCCAAGGACCGUGUGAGCUCCCUCCUCACCCAGGAUGUCCAAACAGCGCCAGAAAGACCCAGAGCCGUUUUCUACACCAACGAGAACGACCCGGCCAACCACGCGGAGCAGCACGAGGGGCGUCUCUACAGCAUCCCGCUCGACGAGCUGAAAACCGUGUUUCCGCACGGGCUCCCCUAUCGCUUCCAGCAGCAGAUCAAGACCUUCAACGAAGCCUGCGUGAUGGUGCGGAAACCCGCUCUGGAGCUUUUCACUUACCUGAGGAACACCAACUUCGCGCACCCGGCCGUCAGAUACGUGAUCUAUGGCGAGAGGGGAACGGGGAAGACCAUGACGCUGUGUCACCUGGUGCACUACUGCGCCCGGCAGGGCUGGCUGGUGCUGCACGUCCCGGACGCUCAUCUCUGGGUGAAAAACUGCAGGGAGCUUUUGCAAUCUUCCUACAACAAGGAGCGGCUGGAUCAGCCUUUGCAAGCGUCGUCCUGGCUCAAGAACUUCAAAACCUCCAACGGGCGCUUCCUGAAAGAGAUAAAAACACAAAAGCAAUACAUGUGGGGCAGACGAGACCGCACGGAGGCGGGCAGGCCGCUGGCUGAGGUGGUGGAGCAGGGUUUGGCGCGGGUGAGGAACGCCAGCGACGCCGUCGGCGUGGUGCUCAAGGAGCUGAAGCAGCAGAGCCGUCUGGGCCCCUUCCGGCUCCUGGUGGCCGUGGACGGCGUCAACGCGCUCUGGGGAAGGACCACGUUGAAGAAGGAAGACAAAAGCCCGGUUGCUCCAGAGGAGCUGACGCUUGUGCACAACCUACGGAAGAUGCUGAUGAACGACUGGAGCGGAGGUGCGGCCGUGACGACCCUCAGCCAGACCGGCGCUCUCUUCAAGCCCAGUUCCGCCUAUUUGCCCCAGGAGCUGCUGGGCAAGGAGGGUUUCGAUGCGCUGGAUCCCUUCGUCCCCAUCCCCGUCCCCAACUACAGCCCGCGGGAGUUCGAGAGCUGUUACCAAUACUACCUGCAGCGCAAGUGGCUGCAGCACGAGAAAGCGCACACGGAGGCCGGCAAGGAGGAGCUGCGGUUCCUGAGCGGCUCCAACCCGCGGCAGCUGGACCGGCUGGCGGGGCCGCUCUAGCGCAAUAAAGGCGGCGGCAGCGGCAGCGGC